AUGCGUUUCAACAAGCCCCUCACCUGGGCCGCCGUGGUCGCCUCUGUCUGCCAGGCUGGCCCCGUAAGCAUUGCCCCGGCUCUGCCCCCGGCCCAUCUCGCCCGCGGCAACGACCUGGUGGCCCGCAGGGUCCUGGACGAGAGCAAGGAGGUGGCCCGCAGCCUCGAGGCGCCCGCAGCGGCCACGUACGACCUCACCCACAACUGGAACCACCAGAUGCUGUUUGACGGCACCUUCCCCAACGAUCUUGGCGGCACCGUCACCAUGGCCAUUGCGUGCAACACCUGCUACACCAAGGGCAGCAUUUCUGCCUCGCUGACCGACCCCACGGUCAUCGACCCGACGCUGCGCCUCGACUUCUCGGGCGUCCAGGCCUACGUGGACCUGUCCGUCGUCGUCAGCGAGGCGGCCGUGUACACCAUCAACCUCUUCACGUCCAACACGCCGCUCGGCAUCUCGGCACCGGGCUACAGCGCCGGCGUCGUCUUUGCCGUGGACCUCGUCUUUAGCAUUUCCGAGAAGAUUGACAUUGACGCCGGCGGCUUCUCCGUCACGGUCGCCGACGGCGCCUACGUUGAGGCCAGCCUGCUGGAGGGCACCGUCACCAAGUCCUUCUUUGACGGCCUCAGCGCGCAGUCCCUGCCCGUGUCCGUCAAGAGCGGCACGGCCACCUUCAAGGCCGACCUGCGCGUGCGCACGCAGGUCGGCGUCGAGGGCAACGCCCCGCUCGUCGGCAUCGGCGCCGGCCUCGAGCUCGGCGUCUACGCCAACAUCAUCGAGUUUGUCACCAUUCUCGAGACCACGCCGGCCUGCGGCCUGCAGGCGCGCGAGUACUGGGACUGCAACGUCGGCGCGUACGCGCGGGCCGACGUGGUUGUCGACUACACCACCUUUGGCGCCGUGCCGACCAUCUCGACGACGCUGCUGUCGGCGCCCACGGCGACCCAGUGCUGGGGCUCCAUUGCGGGCGCUGUGACGAGCGCUGCUGGGGGCGCCGGCGGUGCCAAGUACGGCGGCAGCUCAGCGGCCACCUUUGUGACGACCGGUUACAAGCCCACAGAGACGGGCUCGUACGGUUAUGGUAAGGGUUCCGGCUCGGACUCGGGCUCGUAUUCGGGUGGCCAUGGCUCUUCUGGCUCGGGCAAGGGUUCCGGCUCGUACUCGGGCGGUUCCGGGUCUGGCUCGCACUCGGGCGGCUAUGGCUCUGGCUCUGGCUCUGGCUAUGGAUCCGGCCACGGCUCUGGCUACGGCUCCGGCCACGGCAAGGGUUCCGGCUACGACAACAACAAGUCCAGCGCCCAGCAUUCCGUGUCCAUCCCGUCUCGUCCUCCCUUGUCUGCGAACUCGUCCAUCCCGGUCUCGUCGCCUGCCCUCUCUUCUCCUACGUCGUCUGCUGUCAUUUCGUCCGCGCCGUCGAGCACCGCCAGCCCGCCCCCGACGUCGUCGGCGGCCCUGUCCUCGUCUGCCCUGGCAUCGGGCUCGACCACAGCAGCCAGCAGUGCUGGCGUCGGCGAGGUCACGUCGACCGUCUUCUCGACCACCACGUACACCAUCACCAGCUGUGCUGCGUCUGUUGUCAACUGCCCGGCGUCGUACCAGGCCUCGUACGUCGUCACCAAGACCUACACCUACAAUGGCGGCGCCACCGACACGGCCGUCGUGACCACCACCAACGGCGCCCACCUGGCCAUGAUGCCGACGAGCACCAAUAUCGUUGUGCUGGUGCCGUGCACGUCGCCCAUUGUCGAGACCUUUACGCCGCCGACGGCGGUGCCGACCGCGGCCAAGGGCAACGGUGGCAGCAGCAGCGGCAGCAGCGGCAGCGGCAGCAGUGGCAGUGGCAAGGGCAGCGGCAGCGGCAAGGGCAGCUCGGUCGGCAACAGCACGCUCAGCGGCACCUUCUCGCCGACGGCUUCCAAGACGGGAAGCGCCACGGGCGUUGUUGUCACGGCCGGCGCCGUCUCUGCCAGCAUCUUCAGCAGCAGCCUGGCCGUCGCCGCCGGUGUCGUUGCCGCCGCCCUGCUCCUGUAA